AGUAGCUUGCCUCGUCACCUCUCAGUUAUCGUAGGGACCAACCAAUAUUUCAAUCCAAAACUACAUAAAACUAAAUUGGUUCAAAAUUUAAUGUUUCGUUUCGGUGUAGAUUACUGUAAUCCUUAUUUUUUACGCUAUCAUCAUGAACAUGGCUGACGUGGAACAACGUGCGUUCGACUAAUCGUCAAAUUGAUAAAAUGAUGCAAUUUGCGCAAUAAAUAAAAGAUAUCAUUCCUUUUUUUCUUUACUACCCUGAAGAUAUUGUAUUGAUAUAUUAUUUUACAAGGUUUUGCAAAGCCUACUUGUGUCUAGACAAAAGAAAAAAAAUAGAUGUGUUGAAGUAUAUCUAGAUAAAUGUGUGUGUUAUUGACGCCGUUGACGUCAAAUGUAGGCUACACCUUAACCCUUAACGGGUCAUUGUCGACUUUAAUCACCACAACGUUCUACAGCUAAGUGGUCACGGUCAGCAAGAACCUUUUUGAUGAGUGUAUUAGGAACAAGUAUUAAAGUUAUAAAUGUUCUGAUCUGUUGUCUCUUCGUUAGUUGUUGUUAUUUUACUCUGAAUGUAAACAGUGAGAUUUCUGACAAACAAACAGCUUUAACUGUUGUUGAAACAGAAGAAAACUCAGAUGAUGUUGAAGUAUCAGUUGAAGAUGGUGGUGAAGAGAUUUCUUAUGAUCCUUUAAAUGUUUUUAUACCAACUAAAGAAUGGCAAACAGUUCAACCAGAUCAGGCUAUACCUAGUGGAUUACACGUCCGUUUAAACCUUGAAACAGGAUUAAAGGAAGCCAAGUUAAUGGAAGGUGAUACACAAUCUAAAUACUGGAAACUAGGAGAAAAACAAGGUAUGGUAAACCCAAAUAAGAAAUUUACAAGGGAUGAAUUAAAAAGAGCGUUAAAAGAUUUUAAAGCUGAAUCUAUCAUCAACCCAUCACCUGAGAAUAUAGACAAAUUUAAAAGUUAUAAAGAAAUUAAGAAAGAUUUUGAAGACAUGAAUAUUGGUGUGAAGACAGAUGUUGAGAUUAUUACAGAAUUAUUGGAUAAACUACAGAAACCAGAUAUAAAUGAUCAGAAUCUUAAAACUAUUUUAACAGAUUUAGAAUAUUAUCUUCAUCAGAUUGAUAAUGCUGUAUAUUUUUGUGAUGCUAGAGGAUUAGAAGUUUUGUUGAGAUUUUUGAAUCAUACAAGUGAAGCUAUUCGAUCAGAGACAGCUCUAGUUCUUGGCUCGGCCUUACAAAGCAACCCUAAAGCUCAGAUAUCGGCAGUAGAAUCUGGUUUACUUCAACCCUUAAUUCGAAUAAUGUCCAUCGAGAAAUCAGUUUCAUUGAGAAAACGUAUUUUAUACGCCCUGUCUUCGCUGAUACGUCAUUUUCCAUAUGCACAGUUAAAGUUUAUUGAACUGGGAGGAUUGUCGGUGUUUAGUAAAAUAUUUGAGGAAACAGGAACCGAAGUUCUACAGAUUAAAACGAUCACCUUGUUAAAUGAUAUUAUACUGGAAAAGACGUUAACAGAAAAUGAUCCACAAGAAACAGGUGUAUAUAAAGAAAAAAUAAAACAGUAUAAUCAAUUAAAUAUUAAAGAAGCGAUGGUUGUUGGCGGAUGGUGUGAAUUAAUACCUCGUUUGUUGACAUUACCCGAGCAUGACAGUCGCGAAAAAGUCAUAAAUUCCAUGACAACAUUGUUACACCCGUGUUUGGAACAAUUUUCCGUAUUUCGUCCCGUUAUUUUAAAUCUUCGCGAAGAAUAUCGUAAAUUAUCACACGAGGAUGUGGAUGAUGAUUAUUUUACAAAUCUCUACGUUUCGUUAAAACAUAUCGCCAGUCAGUUACAUGUCAUCGAACUUUAAAACCAGUGGGGGGUUGGAUGGCUGAAUGGUUAGCACGUGCGCGCUGUAUCAUAAGGUCUGUCAUUGAGUCAACUGGCGUGGUUUCAGUUCCCCGGUGGUACGUGACAAGGAGUAGGGUCGCCUGUCCAACCUGGUGGGUUUUCUGUGGUCCUUCGGUUUCCUCCCACUGCUAAAGACCCCUACACAUAAGCGAAUUAUUGAAAUAAAAUUGAACCAUAUGUUAGUCACGAAAGGACCUAGUUUGUGUCGAGUGGACGUUAAACCCCAUUUCUCUCUCUCUCUUGUCUUCAUUAUCCCAGUCGGAGCAGAACAGUAGGAUGUUAAACCCAUUUAUUUCAUUUCAUUUCUCAAUGACAUGCGUUGCCCUGUGAGUGUGAUGGAGGAACAUAAUCGUUGAGUGGUAUUUAACGAUUGAGCACAUUAAAAAACACAACACAAUUUAUAUGGAAAACAAUCACUACUUUAUAGACAUAUAUAUAGCCAACGUUUCGACAAGUAUUAUCUUAUCGUUUCGACAAGUCCCUGUCCUGUGAUAGAAUAUACAGACAUGUGGUCUGAUCUAGUGUGUUAAACCACCGGGACGUUUCUGUUUGAUAAUCUACAUGUACAGUAAACCUCGCUUAAGUUGGAUCUUCGCUCAACUCGGAUAAAAUCAUUUGGACCCUUUGAUCCUGCACUUUUUUUUUUAUUUAAUGUCUGUGCGUAAGUCGGAUCUUUGCUCAACUCAGAUCAAAAUGUUCGGUCCAUUUGAUCUAAUUUCGGCUUUUUUUCUUCGCCUGAGUCGGAUCGGCAGUAUGUUCACAGCAUGCUGUUAAAAAUACGUCCCCCUCCGCCAAAUGCCCUGGCAGACACUUUUGAAAUCCAAAUACCUACGUUCAGAGCUAAACUAAGUCGUCGGCUAACUCGGAAUAUUCGCUUAACUCGGAUCUUUGUUUAACUCGGAUAAAAUUGGUCAGUCCACUUAGAUCUGACUUAUGCAAAGUUUACUGUAUGUUUGAUUAUGUAAAUAUUUGUACUUAUGUUUUGUGAGCAUCUGUCACUACUUUGUAUACAUUCCAUCUAGCGAUAUAUUUUCAUCACCUUAUUAAAAUAAGUACCGUAUUUGAAGUUUUGUUGAUUUUAUAUUAAACUUUCUCAUGCAGUC